GAGUUGUAGCCAGCCUAGGGAAAAAGACAUCAAUAUCCUUAUUUAGCUGGUAUGGCUACAUACUAGAGAAUAUAGAGUCACUACACUCCCCACAAGCUUAGGCAUGCAGGUUAGAAAUGCCCAGUUUGGAAAGAAGCGCAUGAGAAUGCCCAGGUUAGAGUCAAACAUUUGGUAAACAAAUUCGCCGGCUGAAGUUCAGAAGAGAUCUUAUGAGGAAGGAUCCCAUUGGAAGUGACGUGAUCGCGGAUGAAGUAGCACUCUAUCUCCAAAUGCUUCGUCCGCUCAUGAAAUACCGGAUUAGUAACGAUAUGCAGAGCUACUUGAUUGUCACAAUGAAGAAUAGUAGGGCGAGGAGAAAUUACCUCAACCAUGGCUCUAUACACAGCCUCUACAGACGAACGAGCAACAACAACCUGUUUCUUAGUGCGCCAAGAGAUAGGCGCAGAACCCAUAGUAAAAAAAUAACUAGACGUGGAAUAGCGGGUGGCCUGACAACCACCGCAAUGAGCAUCGCAGUAAGCAGUGAGCUGCAGAGUACCAUUAGAGGGAAGAAGAAUCCCUUGAUCGGAAGCUACCUUGAGUCACCGAAGAACGCACUCUGCCCCAGCAAUAUGAAUAGAAGUUGGAGCAUGAACAUAACGACUGAGAAUAUUGAUUGCAUAAACAAUAUCUGUCUGAGUGACUGUGAGAUACUGGAGCCGGCCAACCAAGCACCGAUAGGCCACAGCUUCAUUAACAGAGACCAACUCGGAAUCGUCAGUUGGCCGAGUUAGUUGAUGUUGCUGCUCAAUCGGAAACACACUAGGUUGAUUGCCGGUGAUACCACUGUCUCACAAAAGAUCCUUCGUGUACUUGCGUUGACAGAGAGCAAUCCCAGUACUGGAUCGAGCCACCUCGAUUCCUAACAAAUACUUGAGAGGGCCCAAGUUCUUGAUGUCAAACUGUUGAUGAAGAGUGUCUCUUACCAGCUAAAUAAAACUUAUAUUGUCACCUGCGAGGAUCACAUCAUCAACAUAUAUAAGGGCGACCACAUAAGAACCAUGAUAACGCCGAAGAAAAAGAGAGUAGUCAGCUCGAGAAUGGUGAAAUCCAAGUUGCGCCAACGUAGUCGAGAACUUUGCAUACCAAUUCCGUGAAGCUUUUUUAAGCCCAUAAUUGGACUUGUGGAGACGACAAACUCGCGUGUCACCAGGAGCACUAAAAUCUGGGGGUAUCUGCAUAUACACCUCAUCAUCAAGAUUGUCAUGAAGGAAGACAUUGUUGACGUCUAACUGAUGAACCGCCAAGCCACGUACAACAACGACAGCGAGCAGACAUCGAACUCUCACCAACUUUGCAACGUGAGCAAAAGUAUCAUCAUAAUUGAUCCAUUCAGUCUGAGUAAAACCCAUGACAACUAGCCUAGCCUUGUACCGAUCAAUGGUGCCAUCAAGGUUGAACUUGAGCUUAUAUACCCAUUUGGAUGCCACAAUCCGCUUGCCAGGAGGGAGACUAACCAAGGUCAGAGUACCAUUGCCAAUAAGGGUGUCUACUUCACAGCAUCCUUGAAAUGAGUGGGUUCGACGUGGCUGGAAAUGGAUGCCAAGUAGCUACGAUGUCUCGCCGAGAAUCUCUGAUAAUAACACACUGCGCCAUCGGGUAGGGAAUAUUAGAGGGAGGCAGUUCAACAUCAAACACAUCAAAAUGGUCAGGUACGUGGCGGCGCCGGUCACUCUUGCGAGUACCAUCAUCAGCUGGUUGUGUGGAUGUUGACUUAUGAUCCGGCAAAGGUGACUUUGCAUGGCCAUGCAAAUGAGAGUCAACAGCUUCACCAAGAGGAGCUAUUGGAGGAGCAGUAGGAAGUGGUGCGACAGGGCUGCCUCGCAAAAUGGAAAAACAUUUUUGACAAAGUGAAGAUCUCUGGACGUGUAGAUGGUCCUAGAGGAAAGAUGAAAAAGUUGAUAACCCUUUUGUGAGGCUGGAUAACCCAUGAAGACCAACUUCCUGCCUCGUUCACCAAACUUAAAAAUGCCUUUGUGCGUGUCCUUCCCAUAGGCCAAAUAUCCAAGCACGCAAAGAUGAUUAUAAGAGGGCUCCUUACCUAACGAGACCUCAUAAGGCGUUCGGCCACGAAGGACCUUGGAUGACAUCAUGUUAGUGUUAAUCAGAUACGUGGUAGUCAGGACACAUUCGCCCCAGAAAAUCAAAGAAAGACUAGCACGAAAC